AUGGAGGAGAUUGUACAGAAGAAGGUGAGAGUGAACGGCUUAGAUAUGCACGUAGCAGAAAAAGGAAACGGUCCGACGAUCCUAUUCAUCCACGGCUUCCCGGAGCUAUGGUACUCUUGGCGUCACCAAAUCCUUUACUUCGCCGACAACGGCUACCGCGCCGUCGCCCCUGACCUCCGGGGAUACGGAGGAACCACCGGAGCUCCAAACGAGGACGUCGGAAAGUUCAGCAUCAUGCACCUUGUAGGCGACCUUGUUAUGCUGCUCGAGGAGUUGGCUCCGGACGAGGAAAAGGUCUACGUGGUGGCUCACGAUUGGGGAGCCAUAAUCGGCUGGAAUUUAUGCCUUCUUAGACCCGAUAAGGUUAAGGCUUACGCCGCCCUUAGCGUUUAUUACAGCCCCAGAAACCCCAACCCGGCAACAAGGCUCCCCGAAUAUUACAGGGCCAUUUACGGCGACGACCAUUAUAUCUGGAGAUUCCAGGUCAUGUUCAUCUUUCACCUAACUCUCUUAUUAUAUAUCUUUUGGUUUUGGUUAAAUAUAUAUGAACAGGAAGUUGGUGAUAUUGAAGGUGAGUUUGAAAAGAUAGGCGUUAAAGAAGUGAUGAAGAAAUUCCUUACAUACCGUAAGCCUGCACCUCUGUUUUUUCCUAAAGGCAAAGGAUUUGGAGAUUCCGGUGAAGAUGAUGAUGAUUCAUUGCCUUCCUGGUUGUCGCCGGAAGACCUCGACUAUUACGCAGACAACUUUACCAAGACAGGUUUCACCGGCGGCGUCAAUUACUAUCGGGCAUUGAAUCUAAACUGGGAACUAUUGGCUGCUUGGACAGGAGCUCAGGUGAAAGUUCCGGCGAAAUACAUAGUGGGAGACCUUGAUUUAGUGUAUAACAAUAAAGGUGCAAAGGAAUACAUACAUAGUGGGGAGCUGAAGAAAAACGUGCCAUUGCUGGAGGACAUAGUUGUGAUGGAAGGUGUUGCACAUUUUCUAAUGCAAGAAAGCCCUGAUGAAGUUAACAAGCACAUUCAUCACUUCCUCAAAAAUCAUGAGAAGAACUAA